CGGGGCGGCACCGGCGCCGGGCGCAACCAGCGCGGCGGGCGCUCGCGGCACUCGGCUGGUGGUGGCGGCGCCAUGGGCUGCGCCCGCUGGAGGCUGCCGGGCUGCGCCGCGCCGCUGCUGCUGCUGCUGCUCCGCUGGGCUGUGGCUGAGGAGCCAGUGAGCAUGGCUGGGAGGGGAUGCGAUACCAUCUACAAAGGCUUUGCCGGGUGCCUGAUCAGCCUGGGGGACAGCAUGGCCCAGAGUGUUCAGAGGCAGCAGGAGGACAGCGGGCAGGAGGUGCAGGAGCUGGACACCAUCUGCAGGUCCUGGGAUGACUUUCACACCUGCGCCACUGGGGUCCUGUCCAGCUGCCCUGAGGAGGCCGCUGCCAUCUGGGAGUCGCUGCGCCAGAAGUCCAGGAAGAUCCAGUUCCAGGGAAACCUGUAUGACCUGUGCAGCUCGCGGACCAAGCUGUCCAGCAGUGCCAGGGGCUCGGAUACAGAUGAGACUAACAAGGAGACCCUGCGGGGCUCAGCCCAGCUCCCCCAGCCUGGGCUCCUGGCCAGCCUACCUCUCCUGGCACUGACGUCACUGCUGGCACCCUUUGUCUAGCAAGGGAGCAGCAUGGAAGCCCCUUGGUCCAGGCACUUCCCUGCCAGAACCCACCACAGCACAGACUCCUGGUUUAGUGGGGGCUGCUUCCCAGGCCAAGAGCCAUCUCUGCAAAAUAGAUCAAACUUAAAGUCUGAACAUCCAGCACAGCGAAGAGUGGAGGCACCACUCCCUGCCGCCCAUGGGGCAUUCCCCAGCCCAUUCCAGGCUGUGUUAGUGGCUUUGGGGCAAGGUUCCUUUGGUGGCAGGGACACUGGGUCCCCUGAGGCAAAUAAGGAUGGGGCCUGAGGUUCUGUAUUCCCAGUAAUUUUCUUGUUUUUUGGGGUGAUGUGGAGUCUGAGUGCUGAGCCUCCCUCAGCCUUGUGUUCAUGGAGCUCCCACAGAGAACUGGCCUGAUCAUAGUUUCAUAGUUUGUAGGGUUGGAAGGGACCUUGACAGAUCAUCAAGUCUGACCCCUGCCAUGGCAGGAAAGAGCGCUGGGGUCAAACGACCCCAGCAAGGAGUUCAUGUAGCCUCCCCUUAAAGACCCCCAGGGUAGGAGCCAGCACCACUUCUCUUGGAAGUUGGUUCCAGGUCUUAGCCGCCCUGACUGUGAAGCAGUGCCUCCUGAUGUCUAGUCUGAAUCUACCCUCUGCCAGCUUGUGACCAUUAUUCCUUGUCACUCCUGGUAGUGCUUGGGGGAACAGGGACUCCCCAAAUGCCUGCUGGUCCCCCCUGACUAGUUUGUAACAGGCCACAAGAUCCCCCCGCAGCCUUCUCUUGUGUAGGUUGAACAGGUUCAGGUCCCGUAGCCUCUCCUCAUAGGGCCUGCCCUGCUGCCCCCUGAUCAUGUGAGUGGCCCUCCUCUGGACCCUUUCAAUGCUGUCCAAUAAGCCUUUCCCCACACUUCCACCCCUUUCACCCCUGCACCUCAAACUUCCCUGUUUCUGCCACCCCCAGGCCUACCUUCCACUGAAUCUUCAGAGAUAGGGUUUGCGCAGGGCUCUCUGGAGACCUGCUGCCCCUGAUCCUGCUACCGCAGUUCAGCCUUCCUUGCCCCAGAGCUUCCUCCAUAGAAAAGCCAAUGGGGCCUGAGCCCUGCAAGGGGCUAUGACAAGGAUGUUGAGAAUACAGACCUCCCCCUGGAGCUACCAAUGCCUUCCAGAGUGAUGUCCAGUUGCUCUUUCCCCUUUGAUACCUUCCUGCUUCCUACCAUGUAGUCUGUGUUCCCUUGUUCACUAAGGGCAGCUGCAUGAUAAAGGGGACUGUCCUCUCCCGUCAUCCCAGUUACCUGGGUGCCAUGGCAAUUGUCUCCACCCUCCAGAGAUGAUGGAGCAGCCCUGCAGAGACAGUCCUGAGUGCCUGUGUGCCCUGAGUUGGAGUGCUGCUCCCUAAGUUGUGAUACAAGGCAUAGCAAACCCCUGUGCACAGCCAGCUCUGGUCCUCGCAGUGCUGGUGCAUAUGUCCAGCUCAAGGGUUGUCACAUGUAUGUGGUUAUAAGGGCUGUCUUGAUACAGGCACACUGCUAGCAGGCAUUUUCACAAAUCAGUUUGGAGCAAUACCUAGGCAUACCAUUUGCAGACACCUUACCCCGGGUUCUGGGCUUCUGGCUUUCAGAGGUGCGAAGUGCUGAUGAGUCCCAUAGGUAAGAUGGAAGGGCUGAUGCUCUGCAUGUCUCAAAGCCAGACUCUGCAGCAAGACACGGAGUUUUGCUCUCACUUUCCCUCGAGGCAUUUGCUGUUUCCUUCCUACCCCCAACAUGGAGCCUGCUAUUUGGGGCUAUUAGCUUGUAGGCUGCAGCACAGUGCAGACAUAUUGUACCAGCUUUAAAUGAUUCAGCCUAGAUGCCAGUAGCAAUGUACCUAGGAGCCCUCAGCUCAGUGCAGGCUAACUUUCCCUACCUCUCAGGUAGGUUUUGCAGCCCCCUUUGAGCUCUGUGCUGGGCUAAUCCGACUGCUACCAGGACCCAAGUUAGCUGUCUGAAAGCAUCCACAUGCCCACAAGCUGAUUAGGCCAGGCACUGUUAGGCUGAGCUUGUAGGAGUCGUGCCCAUCCUACUGGUUUUGCAGAGGCACCUCGGGCCUUGAUGUGGCAGCAGCAGGUUUCACAGCCCUGCUCACAGAUUUGGGCAGGACUGGGGCAAAGGGGCUGCAGCCCAGGUAUAAGUCCCUACCUAGGAGAAAGCCCUGGAUACUAUAGUUCCUACUAGUGUGUGUUGUAACAGUGCCCAGAGUAGGUAGUGGGGUGGGAGCGUGCCCCCAAGGGCUCCCACUGUUCCUCUUGAUUGCUCCAGCAUGAGGGCUUACCUCCAAGCAGCGACCUGGUUCCCUGCGUCUGUCAGCUCAGUUGUUGGCAGCAUGACAUAGUCUCCCUCAGAGGGACAAGCUGUGUGGGUGGCUUCCCAGCCCGCACUAGGACAGGGCCGGGCUAGAGCAAGCAGUUUCCUUUCAGUUAACACUGCUGUCGUGUUCUGGGUUUUUAUUGCCAUUCACAGGUUCUUUAGUUGACUUAACCAUGGAAUAGGAACCAUGUGUCCCAGGUCUGCCUAUCUCUAGCUGGCGUGACAGUGUCUGUGGUCUGGGUUCAUUCAAAUGUAUCUAUAUUUAUAUUAAAAGACACUUUUACAUUUC